AUGGCGGCGGGCGAAUCGGCGAGGGUCCAGGAAGCCCAGAAGCUCGCCAAGUCAGACCCCCGGAAGGCUGAGGCUAUCUACAAGGAAAUCACCGCCAAGGCGCCCGGUGCGACGUCUGAUGCUGCGACGCGCGAGUACGAGUCGGCUUUGAUAAGCUUGGGCGAGCUGUACCGAGACGAGAAGAAGUCACAGGAGCUAGUAAACCUUGUCAAGGAGAGCCGAUCAGUUUUCUCUUCCUUUGCCAAGGCCAAAUCUUCAAAGUUGGUCCGCCAACUGCUUGACUUGUUCAAGGACAUCCCCAAUAGCACUGAAAUCGAAAUCGCCGUCACCAAGGACUGCAUAGAAUGGGCUACCGCCGAGCGCCGUGCUUUCCAGCGCCAGGACCUCGAGGUCCGCCUCGUCGCCCUGCAGAUGGCCAAGCAAUCCUACUAUGACGCACUCGGUCUUAUCAACGGCCUCCUCCGCGAGCUCAAGCGCCUCGACGACAAAUUGCGACUCGUCGAAGUCCAACUACUCGAGUCAAGAGUCUACCACGCCCUCGGCAACAUCCCCAAGUCCCGUGCCGCCUUGACCAGCGCGCGAACCAGUGCUGCCAGCGUCUACACGCCUCCAAUGCUGCAGGCCAACCUCGACAUGCAGAGUGGCAUGCUCCAUGCUGAGGACAAGGACUUCAACACUGCCUUCUCUUACUUUAUCGAGGCUCUGGACGGCUACCACUCUCAGGAUGAGAGCGUCAAGGCCCAGGCUGCCCUGCAAUACAUGCUCCUCUGCAAGAUCAUGCUGAACCUCGUCGACGACGUCAACCAGCUCAUGACCUCGAAGCAAGCACUGAAGUACGCCGGCCAGAACCUCGAGGCAAUGAAGGCCAUCGCCCGAGCACACUCGAACCGAUCCCUGGAGGAGUACGAGCGUGCCCUGUCCUCGUACCGUUACGAACUCGGCAGCGAUGCCUUUAUCCGCAACCACCUCCGCCGCCUCUACGACGCCAUGCUGGAGCAGAACCUUAUCAAGGUUAUCGAGCCCUUCUCGCGCGUUGAGAUCGACCACAUCGCCAAGAUGGUGGGUUUGGAUACCCAGCAGGUUGAGCGAAAGCUCUCACAGAUGAUCCUCGACAAGGUCAUCAUUGGUGUUUUGGACCAGGGCGCGGGCUGCCUUAUCAUCUUUGACGAGACGCAUCGAGACGAAUCUUACGAUGCGGCUCUGGCGACGAUUGAGAAGUUGAGCAGCGUGGUGGAUGUAUUGUACACAAACCAGGCCUCGAUGCUUGAAUAG